CUGGGCUUUUGGGGGCGGGGGUUGUGGGGGGGUGAGGCUGGUUACCGCAGACCGGCAGCAGAGCGCUCGGACUGACAGUCGGCGAUCAAAAUCACGGGUGCUCCACGUGCGGUCGCCCGCUCCAACCGUGUGAGAGCCCCAGGCACACCUGGAAGAGGGAGGAGGAAAGGUGUGUGUGGGGGGGAGGAAGGGGGGGGCACAGAGGUCCUCCUCUACCUGGAUCGUCUCCCUACCGCGGGACCCUCGUCUUCACUGUCUCAUGCUUCAGCCGCCUUUCAGCGGAGCAAAUCCACAGAGUCGGGUGUAGUGCAGGAGUGCGGGCAAUGGCUCUGUCCUGGUACCGCUGUGUGGCGGUGGCUCUAGCACUGGCUUGGGGCACUGCAUGGUCCCAGGAUCCCCUGGCUCUGACCCCUGAGAAUGAGGUGCCACUUCGGCCCACCACCUGGCUUCAGGAAGGCAAAAUUACCUCCAUCCCCCUGCCCAAAGAUCGAACCCGCAGGUUUUACUUCACUUUCAAGAAAAAGACUUCCAAGAUGUCGGUAACAGUUGUUCCUUGUGACUCAGCCAUUGAAUGGAGCCUUGCUGCUAAGACAAUAAAGGACAAGCCAUCCAAGACUCUGCAAUGGACAAGCAAGAAGAGCAUGCCAGAGGUGUGGUGGAGAGGUUUUGGAACAGAGGAGAAAAUGCACACAUUUGCAGGCAACACUGUGGACACCUACAUCGGCCAGACCUAUGCUCCUGCAUCCAUCUAUAUUCUCAAGCUGAAGUCCAAGGAACAGGACACUAAAGCUUCUGUCUACCUUCAGGAUGGUGAUGGGGCACCAGCAAUCUUCCCAGAGCUGCCCGCUGAUGCCCACGUCCACACCGUGGGGGUGGGGAUGACCAGUGUUACACUAAGCUGGAUGCCAAGCAAUUCUGUUCUAAGGCAAAUGACACACAACAGCUACAGCUACCACUACUGCGUUCUGGUCAACCGGGAGCAAAACUACAGGAGUGUGUGUGCUGCCCAGGAGGCCAUGAAGAACAAGAAGAAAAAGGCCAAGAAGCAGAAGGUGACGGCAUGGCCCAUUCUUAAACAGUGGUGGUGGCAGCAGUGGGAUUCUUUCAAGGAAGAAGAUGAAUCUCCUUUAUCCCUGCUAGAUAAUUCUCCUGACAUACAAUGUGCUUGCAGGGGUACAGAGAGCGUAUGCACUGUGUCAGACCUCCUUCCAGACACAUCAUACUACUUUGAUGUUUUUGUGGUUGACACUCUGAACGGCACCAGCUCGGCAUACACAGGCACCUUCACACACACCCACGAGGAGGCCAGACCAGUGGUUACUCCACUAGGAGAAGGAGAGCUCAGGUGGGUGGCUCUCCAGGGAUCUGGGCGGCAAGCCAGCCAGUUCUUCAGCUUCCGACCCCGUGGCUGGCAACAGAGCGCCCUCCUGACCCUGCAGAGCUGUAGCACCAAGAAGGUGAAGGUCACCAUCUCCAACAAAGGUCAGAUCCUGGCCUCCCAGGUAGUUGGGGAGGCACUGGCCCAGAUCUGGUUGCAGGGCAAACCCUCCUAUCAGAUACAGCUGGAAGACAUGACUCCUAGUAGAGUGGCUAAUGAGGGGUUGGAUACAACAAUCAAGAUGCAGAUCUCUUCUGCAUACCACCGCCAGGCUGUUCCAGCUCUUCCAGCAACCUUGCAGAUAAAGUCAUUCAACAAGCUGAGGGGCUGCAACUCAGUCACACUGGCCUGGCUUGGAACAGAGGAGCGAAGCCUGUAUUGUGUGUAUCAGAGGAAGCUGAGGGAGGGAGAUCGGGCUGGUGCCGAAAAAUGCCUGGGACCAGAGUCUCGCAGUGACACAGAACGAGUCCUUUGUAAGUACUUCCAGGAGCUCAAUCCACGAAGGGCUGUUACCACGGCUACUAUUGGAGGCCUGGAGCCCGGAACAACCUACUUGUUUGAUAUCUACCUGAUGAGACGUUGGGGGAUUCCGGUGAAAUACCGCAGCAAGGCAGUGCGCACACGAAAAGAGUGCUGACUCUUCCAUACCCUUUUCUCUCAGUGAACUCGGCAGCAAAGGCACCGACUAACACUUAUCACAGUGUAUUCCCACAGAGGGAGAAACUGCUAAAGGUUACGAUGCAUUCCAUUAAUGUCAUCUGGAGAUUUUGUUAUUGGCAUCUAUUGACUGGAAAAAGGAGGGGCAACCAAAAAGCUUAUUUGCUGUUCUGCUGUCGAUGUCUUAAUUGUCCAAAAUCUCCAGCUGUAAUUAUAUAAAACAAAGCUGUUGUUUGUGGGGGCAUAUCGUUGCUACUGCCAUAGUCGUGUUUAAGUAGGAUUAUUUUAAUCCAACAAGAAAUACUAUAGAGUAAUAAGCUCAAAGUGGGAGUGUUAUAGUAUCCUGUGUUCUGCUUAAGCAUGCGGCAGAGUGUACGAGUUUGCAAUCUGCUUAAUUGUCCUUCGUGAAUUCUUGUGCUCAUCAGCACACAUUAGGCACCCGCAUUUGGCAUCAGGUGUCACACAAACCACA